AUGACACUCAUUCAAAUCCUUUCAACACAUCGAAACGAAUUCGUGGCAGCAUUAGGAGUUUCUUUUUCGGCGUACAUGAUAAUACUCUGCAUGAGCUGGAGUUCUCCAGCUCUUCCUAAACUAGUAGCUACCGAUUCCCCUAUCCCAAUCACAGCAGAUGAAGGCUCGUGGAUUGUAUCGACGCUUUCGAUUGGACUAAUGCUGGGACCGCUAAUCACUGCAGUGGCAGCCGAUCGGAUAGGACGUAAACGCACUCUUCUGUUUACGGCCCUUCCCAUUACAAUGGGAUGGAUGUUCAUGGCUUUCGGAGAUUCUAUUGGCUUCCUGUAUUCGGCCCGAUUCCUGUUUGGCUUAGCGGUUGGAACGACGUUUGCCGUAAGUCCAAUGUAUCUGGGGGAGAUCUGCUCGCAAAACAUUCGAGGAUCUGCGGUCUCGUUAACUGGAUUUAUUGGAAAGCUGGCGUUUAUUGUGAUGUACGGAAUCGGUCCAACGGUGAAUUUCAGAACUCUUGCGUGGAUCGGCUUGAGUGGACCAGUAAUAUUCAUUCUACUAUUUAUAUGGUUACCUGAGUCGCCGUACUAUUUACUGGGCAAAGGCAAAGACACAGAAGCAGAACUAAGUUUGAGAUGGUUUCGUCGCAGCACCAGUGUGACUAAAGAACUUGUUGCAAUGAAACAGUUCCUUCAACAGUCGAAAGAUUAUCAGGGAUCAUUCAAGCAACUGUUUGCUCCUCAAUACCGCAAAAAUCUACGAAUCAUCUGCAUUUUACUGUUCGCCACAACAUGUACCGGAGUUACCAUGAUAUUAGCGUAUGCCCAAACGAUUUUUAUGAAGAUUUCCAGCGAUCUCGAUCCCGAAGAAAUGUCUCUAGUUCUCGGAAUCAUCCAAGCUCUGGCAACAGGAAUUGCAGUUGUGCUCAUCGAUCGAAUUGGACGGCGGCCUUUGGUACUGUUCUCUAUAGUUGGUAUCACUUCAGGACUCGUGCUGACAAGCGCUUAUUUUGCGACUGCCUCGGAGAAUAGUUCGCCUUACUUGGGAUGGAUGGCAUUUAUAGCACUUCUGGUGACAGUGAUAUCAUUUGAUGUUGGCUUGUUCGUGAUACCAUCCAUAUACCAUGCUGAAGUUUUGCCAAAACCUAUUCGAGCGUAUGCCAAUGCUGCCAGCACCAUUGGACAUGGUGCAAUACAGUUCGUGAACUUGAAGCUGUUCCAGAUAUUGACAGACAAUGCUGGAGUGUAUGUGCCAUUUGCUCUCUACGGCCUUGCAGGAGUUGUGAGUGGUGUUUUGGUUUAUGUUUAUAUUCCCGAAACGAAAGGACAAUCUUUGGAAGAAAUAGAAAAGAUGGUAGCCGAGGGUCGAGUGAAACCAGUCAGAGAUGGAAAAAUGUACGACGAUAAAAUUAAAAAGUUAGCAGUGUGAUUUGUGGAUCGAUAUUCUUUAGUGAUACGCAAUAAUUGGGGAUCGUUUUGUUCAGUCACGUACAGCUAAAAAGUAGUCGGAACCUUCGAUAUAUCCAACCUAAUUAAUGUGUGACCUAGAAUUGAAAUAGCAAGGUUGGAUGACAGCUAGUGCAGAUAAGAGCACUAAAAUUGUGUUCACAAGUGAUAAGAUUCGGAGGGGGCUUGUACAUUUAUUUACUGAAAAAGCUGUUCAUACUAGAUUCGCUGUCAAUUGUUUUGUGUUAUGCAUGUUAUCAGUAACAUUAAGUUCCCACCGUGUACUCCCGUAUGCUUUAGGUUCGUAAGCUAACUUAUU